AUGACAUCCAUUGAACAUGUGGCCCCGGAGGCCAAGGGUGACGAGCAUCACGUCAACAUGUUGGAAAAGGGUCGCACAGUGUCUACUCUCGAGGCCAACUAUCUCGAUGAUCGCUACGAAAUAACACAACGUGGUCUGAAGAACCGUCAUGUUCAACUCAUGGCUCUAGGUGGAACGAUCGGCACAGGUCUCUUCGUCGGAUCCGGACAAUCCCUGCACACCGGUGGGCCUGCGAGCUUACUGAUAUCAUACAUCGCCAUUUCAAUACUCGUAUUCUCGAUCGCCACAGCGAUAGCUGAAGUGGGAGCUUAUCUUCCCGUCCACGGUGGUUCGAUGGCUUCACAUGGCCAUCGAUAUGUCAGCCGAAGUCUGGGGUUUUCCAUGGGUUGGCUUUACUGGUACUCUCUGGGCAUUCUUGUCCCAUACGAGACCACAGCUGCCAGCUUAGUCAUAGGCUAUUGGAACAGCACAAUCAACGUUGCUAUAUGGAUCACCAUCAUGACAAUCGUCAUUGUUGCCCUGAACUUCCUUCCCGUGCGCUUCUACGGCGAGUCUGAGUUUUGGUUUGCGGGAAUCAAAAUCAUUACUCUGAUCGGACUGUUGAUCGUCUCCUUCAUUCUGUUCUGGGGUGGUGGCCCCAAUCACCAGCGUCUGGGAUUCCACUACUGGAAAGAGCCCGGCUCCUUCAACACGUAUCUGGUUGACGGUGAUAUCGGUCGCUUCGUCGGACUGCUCAAAUGCGUUGUCUCCAGCGCGAUCGCUUUCAUCUUUGCUCCUGAACUGAUCAUCGUCAGUAGUGGCGAGAUGGAGUCCCCUCGACGCAACGUGCCUCGUGCCGCUCGCCGCUACAUCUACCGUCUGGUGUUCUUCUAUAUCCUCGCGGCGCUCGCUAUUGGUGUGAUUUGCCCCUCCAACGCUUCUCAGCUGACUACCGGCAGUGGCAGCGUCAAGUCUUCUCCGUUUGUGGUGGGCAUUCAAAACGCUGGCAUCCCCGUCCUUGAUAACAUUAUCAACGCCGCAGUCUUGACCUCCGCCUGGUCCGCAGGCAACUCGUUCCUGUACAUGUCUUCCCGCUCCUUGUACUCGCUGGCCGUGUCGGGUAAUGCUCCCAGCAUCUUCAAAACUUGCAACCGGUGGGGAGUUCCGUACUAUGCAGUGGGCGUCUCAGCACUCUUCUCACUUCUGGCCUAUCUUUCCGUCGGCAGCAGCAGUUCUGUGGUCUUCAACUGGCUGAUCAACUUUACCAAUACCUCUGGGUUCAUCUCUUGGAUUUGCUGCUGCAUCGUCUUCUUCCGCUUCCGCAAGGCGAUCGCCGUUCAGGGCAUUGAGCAGCCGUACAAGUCAAGUAUCCAGCCCUACGGCGCAUACUUUGGCCUUGCGGGUGCCACUCUGAUGCUGUUGAUCAACGGUUUCACCGUCUUCUUCCCAUCCCAGUGGUCUGUCAGCAAUUUCUUCACCGCUUACAUCGGAAUUCCCGCCUUCUUGGUGCUGUACUUGGGUCACCGAUUGGUCUACUGGAAUGACCGCUGGGCUUGGCGUUCUGAAGACGUCGACAUGCAGACGGGAUUGCAGGAAGUCAUCGAUGCAGAGCAGCCGGAGGGACCCAAGCGUUCGCGGUUCAAGAUAUGGUGA